CAGGAAUUUGAUGGUUUGUAAACUGGAUUCAUCGAAGACAUGGAAUCUGAUGGUCGAAAACUACUUAUGCUCAACGGAAUUCUACCACGUUUCUAGGAUUGGGGUGAUAAAAGGAUUUUACCCCUUAUUAGCUGCUCUGGUGGAAAGGUGGAGGCCAGAAACUCACACAUUUGUAUUGCCGGUGGGUGAGGUUACUGUGAUACUGGAAGAUGUUGCUCAUAUAUUUGGCCUACCCAUUGGUGGAGAGUUUGUGAGUGGGUGGACAGAUAGUAGUAGCGACUUCUUGCAGAGGCAGAACAUCGCGAUAUUCGGUUGCAAACCGGUUGUUAGAAUGUUAGUAAUUCUUCUAAAUCUUAUAUAAAGUUGGGUUGGGUUCGGCGUAUCAGAGAUGCAGAGCCAGUGGACAUUGAGGAGUCUAUUAAGAAAUACGUCAAAUGACAAAUUUUUUGUUUGUUGGGUUCGACUCUAUUCACAAAUAAGUGGACCGCAUAUGCUCACGCGAAGUAUCUACCGUUGCUUCGCGAUUUCGAGCGGAUCCAUACUUAUAGUUGGGGUCAGCAGGUCUCGCGCAUCUUUACAGGGCAUUAUGCCGUGCAUCACGGUAUGAUACUAAGAAGAUAGAUGGCCUUCUUAAAAUGUUGUUAGUUUGGGCAUGGGAGCGAGUAUCAUGUAUUGCGCCCAUACCGAGACAGACCCUUCCACCGGUUGAGAUACCAGUUGCCAUGAGGUGGAGUCAUUCGGCAUGGACUACAGCGUGGUUAUCAAAGACUGCAGCAAGAUUUAGGCAGGAUAUAUACUACAUGGAUGAGUUUGAGUGGCGGCCGUACGAAGGAUUGAUCAUACCUGAGGAGUUACAUGAACACCUUGAGGUGUAUGACAUCGUUGCUCCGUUUAUCGUUUGAGUGUGUCGAAUGGCACCCUGCGAACUGAGUGAUGCGUCAGUUUGGGUAUGUACAACCACCCCAGUAGUAGCAAGAGACAUUCCACUAGCGCAGCAUUACAUCACUCUUCGCGGAGUGUAACUUCAUGACUGGACAGUUUUACAUGGGGAUGGAUAGAGGAACGGGGAAACCGGCGAAACACUUAGUUGUGGGAUCUGUACCCUCUUCCGACUUGGGACUUUAGACCGUCGGUGGAGUACCAGGAAUGGUACGUGGGUUCGUACCGACAUCUGCUGAGAUUGUCAGAGCAUGUUCCUCAGCAUCCACCACAGCCAUCAGCACCUCAGGGUCCACCUCAGUAUGCAGUGUUUGAGCCGUUUUCUUAUUAUGUAAAACAGCCACCAGAAAAUUUGGUACAUGCAUGGCGUUAAGAUCUAAGUUACACAUAAAAGGUGGAAUAUUCGUCAGUUCCCUAACUGAGGGAUGAACCACUACAUUCUCCGCUGCUGCCUAAACUCCCACAUCACCAUCCUCAUUUUCGUCGCCGGCUUCAUAAGUGUCUUCGAAGUCCUCUUCGUUGUCACUUUUCAUUCCUUCGUACACUACAACACUAUCAUCUUUUAUAUCUAAAUUAUUUUGAAUC